CUCCUUUGAAUUUGUGUCUGCAUUCCAGUCAUCUCUGGAUUCAUUCUACUCUACAUUCAAUAAUUCCACCAUUGACCUACAAGUCUACAGCUUUGUUGUAGCAAAGCAUAAUACUUCAUCUAGAUACGCGACUUCAGAAAGUUGCACUCCUCAAAUGCUGCCAAGAUGUUCUCUUAGAACGCUUCGCUUCAUUCCAAUAUCAGGCGUUGCAGGCUUUCACACAAAAUCUCGGAGCAAAAACUUGACGACAUCUAGUUUCGACCCUACUAUUCGGACAUUCGUUCACAAACUUGCUGAAUUGCAACCGUGUUUCGCAAUGUCCUCAUCUGAGCUGAGGAUCAUGCAUGAACCUUCGCAGUUCUAUCAGUGCUUGUUGGACAUGAUCCGUCGAGCAAAACGACGCGUCUUCUUGUCUUCACUUUACAUCGGCUCGGAGGAAACUGAGCUGAUUGAGGCUCUCCGCACUGCGUUGGAGACAAAUCCUUCCUUGCAAGUGCGCGUGCAUUUGGAUUUGAAUAGGUCAACCCGACCAGGUCCCAAGUCGACAGCACUGUUGUUGCUUCCUUUGCUUCAAGCAUAUCCAGAUCGCGUCCAUGUAUCGAUGUUUCGAAGUCCAAAACUGAAAGGCAUUAUGGCCAAGUUAGUUCCUCCACGCUAUAAUGAAGGCUGGGGAACGUGGCAUCCAAAAAUCUACGGCGCAGAUGAUGAAGUCCUCAUCAGUGGUGCCAACCUUAAUGAAUCUUACUUUACCAAUCGACAAGAUCGGUACAUUCACCUCUCGUCGCAACCAUCCAUAGCGCAAUAUUGUCUUUCAUUUCUUCAGGUUUCGGAAAGCUUUUCGUACAAACUACUUGCCUCGCAAGAUUCGAAGGAAAAGUACCAACUAGCGUGGCCGGAUUCCAAAACACACCCGCAUCAUAUCGAACGAAAAGCUCAUAACGCGCUCACGACGUUACACAACACCUACAGACUUUCUUCUACAUUCCGGACUUCAACGGCGCCUGACACGUCCAGCCAGGAUGGAGGAGAGCCUGAUGUUCUGAUAUUUCCCAUCAUUCAGGCUGGACAGUUUGAUAUAAGAGAGGAAGAACGUGUACUGUCCUUACUGUUCGAUGAGUUGCCUGGCGGCAAAUGUCCCUCAGACUCUAAAGAGAUCCCAUAUAAUGAUCCUCUGAUUGACUUGACAACCGGUUACUUCGGGUUAUAUCGUCCAUACCGCGACCUCGUCCUGGGCUCACAACUUGCAUGCCGGAUCAUUGCCUCCAGUCCCAAGGCCAACGGCUUCUACGGGUCCUCCGGCAUUUCAGGACGUCUACCUGAAGGUUAUACUCUACUGGAACAGCGGUUCAUCAAUGCCGUCCGGAAAUCAGGCAGAGAAUGGCCAGAUGACGCAACUGAGUCCUCUGGGUCUGGAGUGCAACUGCGAGAGUGGGAAAGAGACGGCUGGACAUAUCAUGCUAAAGGCAUAUGGGUUCGGCCUACACCGACGUCUACGCCAUAUAUAACCCUCUUUGGCUCCACCAAUCUCAACUCACGUUCUGCUAACCUCGAUACCGAGCUUUCGUUUCUCCUGGUAACUUCCUCCAAUACACUUCGGCAACGCCUUGCGGAGGAAGUUGAGGGACUUAGGGCGCAUACACGCCCUUGGCAUGGCGGUGAUCGGAAAGUUAGGAUAGGAACGAAGGCGUUGGUGGCUCUUAUAGGUGGAAUGCUGUAAUUGCACUCAAAUACGCCUCCCCGCGGCGAUUGGAGAUAAAAUACAUUCCAGCCUCGUUGUGAACGGCACUGCUGGGAUUGCUAAAUUAAACCAUCUGGACCUGUCACGGCUGUUCAACCUAGAGGUUAUCUGCCCAUUCGCUUUGAUGUUGUUCCUGCGAGUCAUGCGUAUUGUCGACAUGAAUUUCGACAUAUCCAGGGCAGGAGUGUUGCCCUUGCAUGGCCGACCGCCGAUUUGAAUUUGGCAUUCCAUCUCCGUCUUUCCAGUCCACGGAAAUUAUUGUGGCGUAAAUAUGAAUUCGAAAGGCUACGAAGAGUCACAUGAAUGCUUACAGGCACACUGGUUCCUAUAGUUAUGAGAGGGCGCAAGCAAUGAGACAUCAUUCAUUGAAGUCCACAUGAACUCUUAUCGAACUGUCAUGUUCAUGUUCAUUCUGCACAUGACAGUCUUGUGAUAAAUUAAAUGCAUUCUCAUCUAAUAAAGCAAGACAUUCUCUUGAU